UCUCUCUCUCUCCUUGAAGAACCUUUUCUUCUUUUUAGCUUUUUUAGUAUUUUUAUAGCCUUUUUCCCAUUUGAGUCUCCUUUUAAUUCUCAUUCUCUCUUCUCCCACUUCAUCAAUUUGCACCUUCAAAUCUCUCUCUCUCUCUCUCCAUUCAAGAAGCCAUAGCUGUUAAUAUCUCUUCAAAGCUCUUAUUCUUUGAGGGUUUUUGAAGAACAACAAGAGAAAAGAGAGAUAGUGACCAAUUUAGAGAAUAACCCAUCAUAGAGAAUCAAAAGGCAUACUCAUGUUUUCAUGUUUUGUUCUUGUUUGUGUCUAAUUCAGCUCAAUUCCAAACCCCAAACCCCAAACAAACAAACAAAAAAAAAAAGGGCUUCUAAUAUGUUUUCCCCAACAAUUAUGUCCAAUUCAACUUCCUUGUCUGAUCAAGCUACCAUCUUUUCCAAUAUUCACCACUCUCCACAAAAGCUCAAGAAGAAACGAAGCCUCCCCGGUAACCCAGACCCAGAUGCAGAAGUGAUAGCACUUUCACCAACAACACUUCUUGCAACAAAUAGAUUUGUGUGUGAAAUUUGCAAUAAGGGUUUCCAAAGGGAUCAAAACUUGCAGCUACACAGAAGAGGCCACAAACUUCCAUGGAAAUUGAAGCAAAGAAGCAGCAAAGAAAUGAAGAAGAAGGCGUAUGUGUGCCCAGAGGAAGGUUGUGUUCAUCAUAACCCUUCAAGAGCAUUAGGAGAUCUCACAGGAAUCAAAAAACAUUACUCCAGAAAACAUGGAGAAAAGAAAUGGAAAUGCCUUAAAUGCUCCAAACUCUACGCUGUUCAAUCUGAUUGGAAAGCUCACUCCAAAACUUGUGGAACUAGAGAGUAUAGAUGUGACUGUGGAACCCUUUUCUCCAGGAAAGAUAGGUUCCUAACCCAUAGAGCUUUUUGUGAUGCAUUGGCGGAGGAGAGUGCACGGCUCUCGGCUAACCAAUUGGCCAUAGCUUCGGCCGCCUCAGGUGCCACGGGUGUUGACGUAAGCCUGUCUUCGACCACGGUUGCUCAAUCUCUCUUUCCUUUUGGCAACCAUUAUCAGUUCUCGAAUUCGCUAAUACCGUCGUCUCCAUCGUCACUGUCGUUGUCAUCGUCGCAAACCCUUGUGUCCCUAAACCCUUGGAACCAUCCCCUAAACCCUAACCCUAAUCAUACCCUUCAAAUGAUCAAGCCUGAAGACUCAAAUUCUCACCAUUUUCAACAAAUUCCAAAUUUGCCCCUCUCCGAUGACUCCUCCAAUAAUAACAAUUACCACCCUUUUGGUCUAAUUCAAGAUCACCACCACAAGGCGAGGUCAUCCUCCUCCUCCUCCUCUUCCAUGAUAACCUCACCCUUUAGGAACCUCCACGUGUCGGUGCAACCGGCCUCAAAUGUUGCCACGUCAGCUCACCUAUCAGCCACAGCCCUACUACAAAAGGCCGCAACAGUUGGCAUUGACGCUGCAAAAUCAGGUCACCAUCAGCCCGAGUCAGUGGGUCAUAUAACUCACUUCAACAUCCCCGAGUUCCGCCCAUCAAAUCAUAUUAGCUCGCUGAGUCAACUCGGUCCAGACUACGCCACGUGGCAGAAGAGUGACCGGUUGACCAGGGACUUCCUCGGUCUUACCGGACAUGGGAACGGCACCGGAAGUGGUUCCGGCAGCGGGGGAUCGGUGCAUGUUAGCAUGAUCGUUAAGGAUAUGCUAACGUACGCAGGUGGAAUUGAGAUGUUUAAGCCUCACAAUAAUAAUAAUAAUAGUAAUGGUUUUGGAUAUGGGGAGGCAGCUGCCAAUGGAACUUGGGGAGACUGUUGAAUGAAACGGUGACGUUUCACUGGAGAAAAAAAAAAUUAAAUGUUUUUAUUUCCAAUUUAUCUUUUUUUUUUU